GUCAUAAAAUAUAUUAUUAAAUAAAAAGUGUGAUUAUAUCUUUUAAUUUUAUUAUAUAUUUUGUAUUUUUAAAAAAAUAAUGCCUAUAAUAUGACAACAAUACCCAAUGUAGCAAUUGUUUUUACUAAAUAAUGAAAAAGAUUUUCCAAAUAAAACCAAUAAGUCCAUAAAAAUGGAUUCGUCCGAUAAUAAUCAAGUUAAACCAGAUUCCCAGGAUUGUGCUAUACCGGCGCCUCCUGGUAUUUCUGGGAUUGAGCCAAUAAAGUUACAUGUAAAAUCGUCACCAAUGGCAAGCCCCUCGAGCCGCAAGCCCAUUAUCAAUGCAAAAAAGAAGUUGCGUGCAUUCUCCAUUCAGAAGAAAGAGUUAAAGGCUGCAAUUCCACCAGUAGCUGUGCCCAAAACUGUCACCAGUGGGAACACCACAGUUCUAAUAGGCAAGUUGAGUAGUGUGAAGGUGACCCCUAAACCAGAACCAGAGCCUGAUGUGAAAAAACCACCCAAACCACCAAGACCUGGCUCCUAUUAUGAUACAUCCUAUUUAGAGCUGCAGAAAAAGAAUGUGGCAGAGAUAGAAGAUAUGAAACGUAAGAUGGAACUGGUAGAUUUAGGGAUACCACUAGGUCUCAUAUGUCCAACGUCGAGCAAUGAGAAAGCAAUGCCUACAAAGGCCAUGCCACCAAUAAAAUCAUUCUUAGAUCCAGCGAAAGUAGACGAAUUAAUUCGCGAGGCUAAAAAGGCUAGAGCAGAGGGUAAGAAAUUUAAAUUUGAUAUCCAGAAAUUUUUACCAGAUUACGAUAAUCCUUUCCAACGCAAAAAAGAUGCGCCAGACUCCGAAAAGAAACAAGAUGACCAUCGUCAAAGUACAAUUGAUAAGAGAGAUAUGAAAAAAAGUAGUAGAUAUGAUAGUAGAAGACAUUCCGAUUAUCGGAAGGAUGACAGAGAUAGAUAUAAGGAUGACAGAGACAGGUAUAAAGAUGAUAGGGAUAGAUAUAAGGACGACAGAGAUAGACAUAAGGAUGAUAGAGGUAAAUAUAAAAGUAAGAGUAAGGAAAAAGAUAGAGAUCAUAGAAAAGAAGACAACAAGAAAAAUGAUAAGUAUGAAAAAGAAAUAAAAGAAACUGAUGUCAACUUAAGUGAUUAUUUAGUUUGUGAUAGUUGGUCUUUAGAUACUGAAGAUAAGACGAAUAGUUCGAGCCCUAAAGUAAUAGAUAAGGCUGCUAAAUCAGCAAAAGAAAGUAAACCGCCAAUUGAACAAACAAAAGAAACAAAUAUGGUAAAAGAAUGUGAUAAAAUUGUAUUGACAGAUAGUCCGUUGCUUAAACCUGUUAAAAUGGAAAGGCUUAAACCAGUUAAUGAUUCUUUUAAAUUUGAAAUUGACCCGAAUGAUGACGAAAUUUUAGAUGCAAAUGACGAAUAUGAUCAACCAAUUGCUGAGAAAGAUUCAAAGUACGAAUCUCCAGUUUUGAAGGCAGAUUAUGAUGAACUAUCCAAAGAUGUGUCAAUUGACAACAACGAUGAGUUUUUAGAGUCGAUUAUAAAUGAAAUAAAACAGGAAGAUAUGAGUGACGUUAGUCAAGAUAAAGGGCUAGUAGAAUACGAUAUGUCUCCGCCGAGGAGUGACUUGCAGGAAGACCCGAGUCAGGGAUCUGUGACUCCUGAAUUAGAUGAUAAAAUGAGGGAUCUGACUAGUCAGCAAAGUCAUUAUUCAGAUGGUUAUAGAUCAUCUGAAAGCGGUUAUAAGUCUACAGAGAGUGGAUACAGAUCGCGGGAUAGUUACAGGUCUGAUAGCUAUCGGAUGUCUAUAGAGAAGGAUUUGGUUGCUGCAGGGGAUAAAAUGUCGAGGUUUACAGUUGAUUCCUUGGAGACUUGGAGCUUCGUAUUGAAGAUUUGUCAACCCCUACUGUUUAGGCAUGACAAGAAUAAAUGUUAUAAAGAGACACACACAGUGCCUAAGAUCUGGUAUACGGAAAAUCCGCGACUGUGCGCAUGUGUGAAGGACCGUGCGAUUGUCUAUGAUGAACUGGAAAUGUGCAAGAUGGGACUCGUCGAUCGAGUCUAUGGGUGUGAUCAGAUUCCAGAUUCUCCAUUCCCCACUGCCCGAACGUGGUACCCUCAAUUCGACUUCUGUGUUCCAACCAAUAGUAGCCUGCAACUAUCAAGUGAGUGGGAGAUCGAGGACAGUCAGAUCGACCUGCCGAAGGGGAAACCCAAAGAGAAGGAAAGGUCAAUGACCCCGCAGAGAACAAAUGACAUUUACUUAGACAGGCAGUAUCAGAGAUCUAAAAGCAAUGAAUGCGACACGAAUGAAAGUGUCGAGUCAGCGAUUAAAUCGAAUGUCAAAGAGAGGUCACUGACCCCCCAGAGGAAUGAGGAGAUUUGUCUUGACACAGAGUACCAAAGAUUCAUGCAAGCCGUUUGGCCAGAAGUCAGUUCCGAGGCAAAACCUGACGCGUCUAGAAGCACGACACCUGUCCGACAGGAGAGUAGGAAGAAAAAGAAAAGCGAAGAGGAGAUUGAGACGGAAGAAAAGAGAAAAGCUAAAAAGAUAAAGUUGAGCAGCGAGGGAUGGAGUCAGGAGUCGGAUGUUGAGGAAGAUAUGGAGAAAAGCAGAAAGACGAAAAUAAUAAAGGAAAAGGAAAAAGAGAAAGUCCGUAAACGCAAGCAUUCUUCAUCUUCUACGAUCUCUACUCUGUCUGAUAGUGAUGAAACUGCUCCCAAGAAGAAGAAGGCAUCCAAGAAGAAGGCCAGCAAAAAGUCGAAGUCCGCCAAACGACGUCGCUUUAAUAAAAAGUAUUUGAAGAGAUUAAAAGAAAAGAAAAAGAGGAAAUUGGUAAAAUUGGAAAAGAUGUCCGAUUCGGAAGAUGAAGAAACGGAAAGCAGAAAGGAGAAAAAGGCUAAAAAGAAAAAAGAACUAAAACUGAAAAAGGCACAAAAGAAAAGGAAAUCUCGUGCUAAAUCGACAUCGACAAGUUCCUCAUCGAGUAGCGACAGCAGCUCAGAAAUGGACACUGACCAUAAAAGAAAGAAGAAAAAGGAAGCGCAAAGAAAGAAAAACAAAGAGAAGAAAAGAAAGCAUUCAACAUCUGAAUCGAGCCAGAGCGAGGAGUUAUUUGAUGUUAAUGUACUAAAUAAUAUUAAAACGGAAAGGUUGACUGACGACGAAAGAAUGUUCUCACCAAGAAAACAGAAGCCUAGAGAAAUUAUUAAUGUUAAAGAGUUGCAAAAUGAUUUUGUGGGGAAUAAUAUACACAUUAAGCAAGAAAAAGAAGAAACAAAAGAAAUAGAAAAGAAAAUAGAGAAGCCUGUAGAAGAAGAAGUUACGACUGAAACACACACUGCCGUUGUGGAGCCUAGUGCUGUUGUGGAAGCGAGUAAGGUCGAGCCUGUAUUGGAGCUUGAUCUAGAACACAUUCAGUUGCCAGAACCUAUAAAAAUAACUAUUGAUGAACCCCAAGAAACAGUUUUUGAAGUACCUCAAGUUAUUUCGCAAAUCCCUGUCGUGGACGAGUCUAACGCGUCCCAGUGUUCGUCACAAGAGUCUGUAUGUAGCGUCAAAGACCCGCCGGCGUAUGAAAAAGACGAGAGUCACCUCCGGCCGUCGUCGCAGAACUCCAACUAUAGUUUUAAUGAUGUCAUCAGCGCCAGUCAAGGUCAGGGGCUGUACCAGAAGGGGUUGGAACUGGAAGAGGACAAGUAUGAGAGCUACGAACAAGGCAACUACGAAAUGUAUGAACAGUUGGCAAUGGCGUACCAGAGCGAUGUUGCCAGUCAGACACGUUUGCAGGCCGCGUCUCCGCCGGCGAACGAGUCGCGGCGCAUCGAGACGGUGGUGCGCGCGCGCGGCCGCGGCGAGAUCAAGUGCGACUGGCGCGCCGGCGACCGACCUGCGCCCGCGCCGCACCGGCCCUCGCGCUGGGGUCUGAAACCGGGUGAAGUGAACAUCGUACUGACAGGCGGCAGUGAACAGUUCCCCAUCCAGACCGUGGAGCCAGUGUACCGCAUCGAGAGCCUCGCCAACCGCCACGAUAAUGUGUCCAUUAGGUCCAGUUUCCCAUACAGCUACGAUGAGGCGUACAUGGACAUGUACGGUGCGGCGGACCGCCUGCAGUAUGGAGAUUGCUUCGCGCCGGCACCGGAGCCGCAGCUUGCCCCUGAACUGUCACCGGAGCCCGAGCAGCCGCCUUCGGAGCCUGAGCAACAACAGCGCCCCACCGGAAGACGAUCCCUCGACGCACGGAUACAUCUUGCACUUCAGAAUACAGUUUUGGGCGACGUUGCAAAGGAAAUGCCAGAGACUGACGCAGAUAAAGAUGGGAAAGGAAUCUUGCAUACCAAAACGUUAUCGAAAUCGGGUAAGCGUGUCAGCUUCGCGGACGGAUACAAGCCCGGCCAGGAUUCAGACACAGAGGAUCCGCCGAUUAAGAAGAAGAAGAAGGCCCGUCGGUACGGGUGCGCGUGGCCGUGCCCGGCGUCGCACCCGGACCACGUGCCGCUGUGGGACGCGCUGCCGCCGCCGCCGCCGCCGCCGCCGCCGCCCGGCUCGCCGCCGCCGCCCGCCGCCGCCGCCGCGCCGCCCGCGCACCUGCUGCGCCGCCGCGCCGCGCCGCCGCUGCUGCCGCUGCCGCCGCCGCACGCCUUGCUGCCGCACCCGCACCACAAGUUCGAUCCGAACACGUCGGUGCCUCCAUUCAUGCCGCCGGAGCCGCCGCCCAGCCUCAUCAGUUUCCACUAGUGUGACAUGUAUAUAAAUGUGUAAAUAUAUUUUUUUUAUAUAAAACAAUAUGUUAUACGAACAUUCUGGACUUUAUUCUGUUUUGACUAAUUGAUAGAAUUAUCAAUAAUGGCGCCGAUUCUGAGGUGCAAUUUCUAUAAACUUAUCGCUUAAAGUAAUAUUUUAAUUUAAUAAUUUCGCGAUUUUUGUUUUAUAUCACAAAGGUGGCAAACAAGCAUACAGCCCGUCUGAUGGUAAACGGUCACUAUAGCCUAUGGGUGUCUGCAACACUGGGGGUGUCACGUGCGCGUUGCCGACUCUGAAGAAAUUGUAAUAUACCUUUUUUGAAGAAACCCAAUUGUAACUGUUUUAUGCACCAUCCUAAAUUAAAAUAUAAUAAUUUUGACGUAAAUCUACGGGAAUAGAGUACUUGAAGUAUUCAACAAAUCCUUAAAACGUUUGAAAGAAUGGCAUUAACAAAUUUUCCUGCGCGCGCAACCUCGCAUGGACCCUCAUCGUCAUAUCAACCUUUCACGUCCACUGCUGAACAUUAGCCUCCCCCUUUGGGGUUUUGCCAGUAAUUGCCACGCUUGGCAGGCGGAUUGGCAAUCGCAGUUAAGCUUUAGAGAUGAUUUAAGAGGAACGCUGCCGCCCAUCCCUGUUUUAAUUCUUCUUGCAUGAUAAUACAAAUAAUACAACUUGAAUUGUCUCAAUGUAUUUAGCAUUAAUGUAAACCUACGUGGUUUCUGUAUGUUAACAGAAUAUGUUUUCUGUAAUUUCUCAAUUUUUGUUAUAAUAAAAAAAAAUGUAUAUCCAUAUCUGAUCUGUGUUACUUAACUCUAAAAGUAAACAAUUGGUCAACUUGUAUAAUACUUGUAUGUCUACAAGAAUAAGAUCAUACGACCGAGCUUUAAGCUCUUAUAAAAUGUAACUGACCACCUCAUAGUCGCGAGCAAUAUAGUGAGAGAGGUCUCAAUUUUUAUGUAUUAAUUUUAUAUUUUCAUUGACUGGUAGUUAAUUUAAGCUUUCGCGUUGUUUAAACACAUUUUAAACACACUAUCGGGACUUAACGCAAUAAAGAAACAGAUAUGUAGGUACUAUUUACUUGCAAAAAAAAUUUCAUUCCUGAUAGUGUAUUUAAAAUACUGACUGAUCUUCAUCUGUGAAGGUUUUUGUACUAUCAAAUAUAUAAUAUUAUUUCUCAAUUUACUUACUCACUGGCGCAUUUAAGUGCUAAUAUUUUUUUUUAUUGUUGGGUAAAAAAGUGAUGCCUGAUGCUAGAGACAAAAUAUCAAUUCCCAAUGUGAUGAAUGAGAUCACGUGAUCUUAUAUUUAGUGAUAUGUACCCCUAAGUAUGUUUGUAAUAUUUGUAAUGUCGCGUCUAUUUCAAUUGUAAAUGUAU